AUGCUUAUUGGCAACAUCUACGUGAUCGCCGGCGUCGCCGUGGUCGGCGGCGCCCUCUUCGGCUUCGAUAUCUCGUCCAUGUCAGCUCAGUUGAACGAGAACUCAUACAAAUGCUACUUCAAUCAGGGCCCCGAGGGGCCUCCCUUCAACGAGAAUGAAAACUGCUCUGGUCCCGAGUCUCUCGUCCAGGGAGGUAUCACAGCCGCCAUGGCCGCGGGCUCUUGGCUCGGCGCUCUCAUCUCCGGUUUCUUGUCUGACCGCAUUGGUCGCAAAUCCUCCAUCAUGGUCGGUUGUAUCAUCUGGGUCAUCGGCUCGGCCAUCAUGUGCGCGUCGCAGAACAUCGGCCAGUUGGUCGCAUCCCGUGUGAUCAAUGGUCUUGCGGUCGGUAUUGAGUCUGCUCAGGUGCCUGUGUACAUUAGUGAAAUGGCACCGCCUUCCAAGCGAGGCCGACUCGUGGGUAUCCAGCAGUGGGCGAUCACGUGGGGUAUCCUUAUCAUGUUCUACAUCUCCUACGGCUGCUCCUACAUCGGCGAGCGCACCUCCUGGGGAUACAAUCCUGCUGCUUGGCGGGUUCCGUGGGCGCUCCAGAUGGUCCCGGCCAUCUUCCUGUUCUGCGGUAUGAUGGUCCUGCCGGAAUCGCCUCGAUGGCUGGCGCGCAAAGACCGCUGGGAAGAAUGUCAUCGCGUGUUGGCUCUGGUGCAUGCCAAGGGCGAUAUGAACCAUCCGUUCAUCGCGCUCGAGUUGGAGGAUAUUCGAGGAAUGUGCGAGCUGGAGAGUCGCUUUAAGAACGUCACGUACUUUGAUCUCUUCAAGCCGGAUAUGAUUAACCGCACCACGAUCGGCCUGUUCACGCAGAUCUGGUCUCAGCUGACUGGAAUGAAUGUUAUGAUGUACUACAUCACCUACGUGUUUGCAAUGGCCGGUUACUCUGGCGAUGCCAAUCUUCUUGCCUCCUCGAUCCAAUACAUAAUUAACGUGUUUAUGACACUGCCGGCCCUGAUCUGGAUCGACAAAUGGGGUCGACGUCCGACGUUGCUCGUCGGCGCCGUCUUCAUGGCGACGUUCAUGUACGCCAACGGGGCUAUCAUGGCCGUCCACGGCGAGGUGGUGGAAGGCGGCAUCGACGGCGUUGCCCAGCAAUCCAUGCGUCUGUCCGGCGGUGCCGCGAAGGGUCUCAUCGCAUGCACCUACCUGUUCGUCGCCUCGUAUGCCCCAAGCUGGGGCCCUGCGUCGUGGGUGUAUCCUCCCGAGCUGUUCCCUCUGCGUCUGCGAAGCAAGGGCGUAGCACUGGCAACGUCGGGCAACUGGGCGUUCAACACGGCGCUGGGGUUGUUCACGCCGCCAGCCUUUGCCAACAUCCGGUGGCAGACAUACAUCAUCUUCGGGGUGUUCAAUACCGCCAUGUUCAUUCACGUGUUCUUCAUGUUCCCGGAGACGGCAGGCAAGACGCUGGAAGAGACGGAGGCGAUGUUCGAGGAUCCCCACGGCAUCCGGUAUAUCGGGACGCCGGCAUGGAAGACUCGCAUCACUACACAGCGCGUCCAGCAGCUAGAGAGGGGCGAUAUGGACGCGAAGGGACAGCCGCAUGGGGAGAAUUCGCCGCCUGCGACGACCGAGCCAGAGGUGACACAGAACGACAAGUCUCUGGCAUAG